UAUUCUAAUAAACAGAAAUCAGGAUGAUGAAAUUCCUUUACAACAUUUCGUAGAUAGGCUAUGACAGGAUAUCUCUAUGGCCACUAUAUGAGUGUUUCGGUGAUAACAAGUCUGAUUGACAGCCGAUAAUUCAAAGUUAGUAGGACACAGGUAUACAAGCAAACCACCGAGGUUAAGCUGUAGUACCAGUUUUCGAUUUUACUAUCGUUCAAUUUUUCACCAUGAAGUUUGCGAUGAUAUUACUUCUUUCAGUGUCUUCCAUGACUCUAAUAAAUGGAGACGACAAGAAUGACUGCAUGAGGAUGUGCAAUGAUGUUGCUGAAUCAGGCAUACAAAAAAGUUUCUCUCAAUCCAUAGUUUGCAAAUAUGCUCAGAAUAAUUUAGACUGCUUUAAAAAUACCUGUGGACUAGAGGUCGCAUCGCAUGUACGAGAGGUAGAGGAGAUGUUGAGGAGUAAAGGCUACUCUUGUGACCUUUCCGGCUCUAGUGCUCUGUCUGGCAGUCUCCUCAUCGUCCUUCUUGCCCUGCUGAUUACUACAUACAGAGCCUUAAUCUAAUGACAACUUGCAGCUACAAUCACUAACAACUGGCCUCAUGGUGAAUUAUACUGCGAUCUGUAUUAUCAGGUCGUAAGAAUUAAAUAUAGAAACAUUUGCAAGGCCUAACAGAAGCAAAAGAAAAAAAUAUAUUUGUGCUAAACAACUGUCUGAUUACCAG